AUGCCAAAAUCAUCUGGCGCUGUGCCGAAGGGGUGGGAUGGGCAAACCAUCUACCUUCACGCACCUUCAUAUUCCAAGAAGCUUUGUAAAGACAAACUUAGCGCACUUAUAUUGCCAAAGUCCGAUCUACCGCCCGAUACACAGGUUUACAAGCCGAAUGGGCCGUACUCGAACGUCAAGAUCACACCCGUCACGGACUCUGCGCAUCCUGCACACGGACAGCAUGCGCUUUAUGCUAACCAGCAUCUGCCACCAGACUCGUUCAUCCUGCCGUACUUGGGCCAUGUGCACGAUCAGACUGACAUUGAUGAAGCAUCCGACUACGAUCUCUCACUCGACCGCGAACUAGGCAUCGGCGUUGAUGCAUCCAAGAUGGGCAACGAAGCACGCUUCAUCAACGACUACCGGGGCGUCUCUGCCGCACCGAGCGCCGAGUUUCGCGACAUACUUGUAGACAUUGGGAACGGGAAGGUGGAAAAGAGAGUCGGAGUCUUCGUGCUCAGCGCUGGUAAAAGCGGAAAGAGAGCGAAGGGCAUCGGACGUGGACAAGAGAUCCUCAUCAGCUACGGCAAAGGCUUCUGGUCAGAUCGACAGUCUACUGAAGACUGA